CGCUGUACACCACUCGACGUAAACAUGUUUCGAAUCGAAGCUUAUCUACAAACAUGACCCAUUAUUGCGUUUGGAGAGGUUAAGUAGUGUUUACUCGCUAUUUUUUGGUUGUUUGUUUGUUUGUUUUAUGUUUAUUGCUCGCUUAUUAAAAGCUGUCGAGGAAGCACUUUUACAAACGCGACAUUUACCUCAGAACAAAGUCACACCGGUUAUCUCGUUAUUACACGGAGAAACGGACCAGCCUGGGCUAAUCGCUGAAGAAGGAUGAAGUCACAUGUCAUCAUCCUGUGUCUUGGAUUUGUCUUCAUGACAUCAGUCCAUAGCACUCCUAGGAAAGAAUGGACCAAACUCAUCCUGACUCAACACUGGCCAAAAACAUUUUGCAUCAUGGAAAAAUGCACUGCCAAUUUUAGUUACUGGACCCUGCAUGGAUUAUGGCCUAACACCGGCGCUGAAUGUAACGCAUCCUGGCAUUUUAAUGCAAGCUUGAUUGAGGACCUGCUACCAGAAAUGAAGACAUAUUGGCCAGAUCUUCUUAAACCUCAAUCUACAACAUUCUGGAAGCAUGAAUGGACAAAGCAUGGGACGUGUGCUGCACAAGAGGAAGCCAUGGACUCUCAGCACAAAUACUUCAACAAAGCCCUGGAACUUUACCACAAGCUGGACCUUGAUGGUGUUUUAAAGAAGAGCAAUAUUGUUCCCUCUGAAAACUACUACAAGUUCACAGAUGUGGAAGGAAGCAUCAACAGUGCAUUUGGAGUACACACAAAAAUUCAGUGCGUUUCCCACGAAAAGGAAAGCGAGUUCCAGAUCCUGGGCCAGAUAGAGAUCUGUUUUGACAAGCAGUUUCAGCUUGUCGACUGUGAAAAGAGCACGGAGGAGCUUCAGAGCAGAGACGAAGGCGAGAUCAUCUUUAACAACAACAACAACACAGGAUACAUUGUGUGCGACGCCUCCUUGCCGGUCUACUAUCCUCCUCUCGGAAGCACGCUGCAGACGCCACGCUUUCUUUAAGUUGUUGAGGUUUGCAGAAGUCGAUGUGGUGCAAUCAGAUAUGCUGUAAUCUUUAUUCACGCUUGUACUGUUUGUGCCUGUUGAAUUUGAUCCUUUUGAAAGAACAGGUUGUACUUGACAUCCUUUUUAAAUGUUUUCAUAUAAGACCGACCUCACAAUAUACUUGUGACCACUUGUGUCCUCGAGACACAGCCUAUUGAGGUAAUUCCUGUGCAUUCACCUUUAGGCCACUGGAGGGCACCACCUGCACUGUCCAUAACUCAAACUAGCAGAAACGUGAUUAUGAUUCUAUGUAAUCAUUAUGUAAAAAAUUUGAUAUGUACUCAUUUCACUGAGGUACUAUGAAGGUGUGGGGCUUUGAAUGAGUGGGUCAUACUGAUUAUUUUUCUUUCCAGAUUAAGGACUGUAUACAUGAAUGAUUUAUAGCUGCAUCGUUAUAUCCAAUGUUAACAACGACAAACACUUUAAAAACCAGUCCAUUGAACGCAUAUGAAGUGGUUCAUUUUAUACAAGAACACAAUCUUUAAGGGAACAUUAACAUAUCAGCUACAGUGAUUUCCUUUAUCUGGUAAAGCUGUUGAGCCUUACAGGCAAUCAUUAAGCUCAGAACGUAAAACCCUUAACCCACUGAAGUUUAAUAUGAUCCGCCUUAUUGUGGAUAAUUGAUUGGAAUAUUAUGUUUGUUUGUUUUUUGGAUGUUUAUGCGCUCAAUUUUAUCCAGGGUAGUGGACUUUACUUCAAAUAAAUAAAAAAAGAUG